AAGUCAGUACGUAGGAGGAAGAGAGACGGGGUCACGGUGAACUUAAAAUCCUGUGAAGGUGACCUGAACUGCAGAGCAGUGGGUACAUGGGAAGGUUGUUGCUAUGGUGGCAUCUGCACAUCUGAUGAGGCUCAGAUUAGCUCCCUCAGAGAGUGGGGUGGAGCUCCUAUCAGGCCUUGGGCUACUAGGAUAGUCAUCUUUCUGCACCUCUCCUUCUCCCUACACCCUGGCAGCUAGGGAAGGAAGCUGGACAGGCCUGGACCCAUGCUUCCUGGGGGAGGUGGGUGCCAGGCUGUGGCUCUGGGAGCACCAGCCCCCUCCGGGGAACCCGCUGUACACAAUAGCAGUGGCAGCAGAGGCUGGUGGGGAGAUGAGGUUCGGACUCCUUGGCUGGGGAGCACUGAUGGCAUUUCCUGACCCUCAGUGGGACUUCAAAGGGCUGUUCCUCAGGGUUAACAAAGGAGAUGGGGUGUGAGGAAUCUCUCACCAAAGACCAUAGGGAGCAUCUGCCUCAGGGCUUAGCUUGCACGCGGGGAAAGGAGGCAUAUAAGAGGAGGGAAAGUAACUUGUCCAGUUUGUCAAUAGCAGAUCUACUGGACACAGGUGUGCACGGGUUGAAAGGGCGCUGGAGGAGGCCGCCUUCUCAAACUCAAGAUCUGAAUCUUAGACCAGAUCUUGGAUGGGUGGCUCUGGAUAAAAUCCCUUCCCCUCCUCUUGCAUUUAGGCUCCUGGUUUGCAAAACUGGGAUUAGGCUGCCCCUGACACUGCCAUUGUAGUGGAGGAGUCACAGCAUGAUAGGACGGGGCGUUGAAAAGGUGGAAGGAUUUGUAGAUCAUUGGACUUCGCCGAAAGUCUCCCCAGCCGAGGAUGCUUCCGUUGCCACGGCAACCGCCCUGCCGGCGUGGUCCCUGGCGUCCCGCUGAGGACGCUGGGAAGAACCCUGCCCUUACCAAGAUGGCGGCGGCCUCGGGGCAAGGGGCGGGGUCGAGCGCUGCCGGCCUGUCCAGACCUUCCCUCUGUUUCCGCUUUCUCAGGCUAACGGCGAGCUUCCGUUCAUACCGGUCCUCUUUCCUGGUUCCGGGAGCCCCCGGGAGCCAGGGAAGGGGAGGGUUGCCUGCAGGGAUCGGGGCAAAUACCCAGAGAGGGAAGGCGUGACUUCCGCGUCCCUCCGGAAGUGACGCGACAGUCGCGGCCGCCGACAGGUGGAACGGCAGGUGGGUUCAGGUGCCAGCCUGGCCCAGACCGACUGCGGGACCGGCGUUUCCGGUGAGCCACAGAGGCUGCUCCCAGGGCCUGGAGACCUGUGGGCGGCUCUAGGACCUGCGCCCCUCGCCCUGGCCUGGAGCCCACCCCUGUUCUUAGUAAGAAUCACCUACCCCCCGCGUCCCGAGGGGAGGGCGCCAGGGUUGCCCCGGCUCGGGGAGCAUCCAGGCACUUCGGUUCCCUAAGCCCUGCGCUCUUUUCCUCCCGGAUCCAGUUCUCUGUGCCCCUGCCGAGCUGGGCAGUUAGCCAGCCCACCUCAGCUCUCGGAACCAUGUUUGCAGACUUGGAUUAUGAAAUCGAAGAGGAUAAACUCGGGAUCCCCACCGUGCCCGGGAAGGUGACCCUGCAGAAGGAUGCUCAGAACCUGAUCGGGAUCAGCAUUGGAGGAGGGGCCCAGUACUGCUCUCCCCUCCCGCUGCUGCACCCCCAGGUAUUUGACAACACGCCGGCAGCCCUGGACGGCACUGUGGCAGCUGGCGAUGAGAUCACCGGUGUCAAUGGCAGGUCAAUCAAAGGAAAAACUAAGGUGGAGGUAGCAAAGAUGAUCCAGGAAGUGAAGGGGGAGGUGACCAUCCACUACAACAAGCUGCAGGCGGACCCCAAGCAGGGCAUGUCCCUGGACAUCGUGUUGAAGAAGGUGAAGCAUCGGCUGGUGGAGAACAUGAGCUCGGGGACCGCGGACGCCCUGGGCCUGAGCCGGGCCAUCCUGUGCAAUGAUGGGCUUGUCAAGAGACUGGAGGAGCUGGAGCGGACGGCUGAGCUCUAUAAAGGGAUGACAGAGCACACCAAGAGCCUCCUGCGGGCCUUCUAUGAGCUGUCGCAGACACACCGGGCCUUUGGGGACGUGUUCUCUGUGAUUGGCGUGCGGGAGCCCCAGCCGGCCGCGAGCGAGGCUUUUGUGAAGUUUGCGGACGCCCACCGCAGCAUCGAGAAGUUUGGCAUCCGGCUGCUGAAGACCAUCAAGCCGAUGCUGACGGAUCUGAACACGUACCUCAACAAAGCCAUCCCAGACACCCGCCUCACCAUCAAGAAGUACCUGGACGUGAAGUUCGAGUACCUGUCAUAUUGCCUGAAGGUGAAGGAGAUGGACGACGAGGAAUACAGCUGCAUUGCCCUCGGGGAGCCCCUGUACCGGGUCAGCACAGGCAACUACGAAUACCGCCUGAUCCUGCGCUGCCGCCAGGAGGCCCGUGCCCGCUUCUCCCAGAUGCGCAAGGACGUGCUGGAGAAGAUGGAGCUGCUGGACCAGAAGCAUGUCCAGGACAUCGUGUUCCAGCUGCAGCGCUUCGUGUCCACCAUGUCCAAGUACUACAACGACUGCUACGCCGUGCUGCGUGACGCCGACGUCUUCCCCAUCGAGGUGGACCUGGCCCACACCACGCUGGCCUACGGCCCCGGCCAGGACGAGUUCACUGACGGGGAGGACGAGGAUGAAGAUGACGAGGACACGGCAGCCAGGGAGCCGUCCAGGGAUGCACGAGGGGCUGCCGGGCCCCUGGACAAGGGUGGGAGCUGGUGUGACUCCUGAGUGUGCCCGCUGUGGGGUGCGGAUUUGGGGGGUAGGGUGAGUGAGAGGAUGAGAGCGUGGGAGCGGGGGCUGGGCCGCCGCGCAACAGGGUGGCGCAUAAAGGCCUGCUGGCUUGGGGCGCCUGCCUCCCUGCUUCUCUGUCCUCGCACAGCGAACCUGGGGCCCCCAGGCAAGGCCACAGGCUGCGACCUCGGGCCUGGACACUGGCCUUCCCCCUCCUCCCCACCGCCCCAGCCAGGAGAGUUCGGUCUCUGGACCGGAUCCAGGAAGGCGAGAGGGCAGAAGGGAAGAGGGGUGGGCAGUGGCAGGCGGUCCAGGGCCCAGUCCUGUGGGCACCUCCGUUGGAGUGGGGGCUGGGGGUGGGCCUGGGUCUCAGGUACACCUCGGCCCCCAGGCUGGCCCAGCCCAUUCGCACGCACACCUCGGCGGCCUUUAUUUAUUUAAUCCCCCAGCUCAGCCACUUCCCGGGGGAGGGCUGGGCGCGGGGCCUGUACUGAAUAAACAAAUCCAGAUGGAGCCGGGCUCUGCAGCAGCCUUAGA